AUGAGCGCUUCUCUCCGUCAAACCGCGCUCAAUAGCGCUGGUUUACUUAGACGAGCAUUACCAAAUCAGAAUGCUAUAUCAACCAUAUCUUCGACACGAACGCACUCUCUCCAGCUCCAGCUCCAGCUCCAGCUCCAACAAUGCCGUUGUCGAAACCUUCAAACAACCUCGAAACUCUGGACAGAAAGCCAUGGAAUCGACGCAAACGAUCGUUUGGGCAAACGAGACACACUGAACCCAUCGAGGGCCGAGGGUACGCAAACUGGCACCGACGACGAAGUAGCAAGUCACGGCGCGUCCUUUGACCCGUCUAACACGAAGCCGGAGUCUGAAGUCGAAGCUGCGGGCAGAGAGUCUGCUGAGCGUAACAAGACGAGCAAUCCGCUUGACGUUAGUCCUGGGAAUAGGGAGGUGAACUCGACCCGCGACUCUUCCAAGGAUCCUCCAGAGAGUGGAGUUGAAAAACCGCAAAGUGCAAGAGGGUGGACUCGCAAAAGCAAGCCGGUAAACCAAACGAAAUAUUGA